AACUUGUGAAACAUUUCUUCUGCUUCAAGACUUCUUACCAAAACCUCACACUGAGGUCUUCAAAGAAACCUGUUUUCACCCCUUUUUAUCCUCACCCCUCAAAGGCCAUCUUCCAUUGUGCCCUCUUGUCUCUCGCUAUCCCUCUAUCCUUAGACACAGAACCUGCGAAAUCCGAAACAACUUUUGUUCGACCGGGAAAAAGGCAACGCGUCCUGCUCUGGAGACUACACAGAUAUCUCUGGAUCCAUCGAUUUCGCAAUAAUUUGAUGGUUUAAACGCAAUACACGCGUCGCCUCCAUCAAUAUCACACAAAUGGAAGGUCGUUACAAUCCAGGGGCACCUCUUCGUGAGGUGGACCCUUCGGAUCCUAGAUAUAACCAACCUAGGCCAGACGCUCGCGAUGAAUCCGAACUUGGCCUGCUUUCCCCAGGCGGUGGGCAUGCAUACCAGUCCCCAUUUGAUGGAAACAAUCAAUCGAAUCUGGAAAUUCAGAGGCCUGUCUCGACAGCAUACAGCUUGACAGAGUCGUACGCAGUGCCUGGGCAGCAGAACCCACAACAUGCGACAGAGUAUUCGAGCGGCUCAUCCUUCCAGCAAGGAAUCGAACUCGAGGACAUUCCUUUCGGAGGCACAAACCGAGCCCCGUCGCCAUCGCGAACGAUCGACUCGGAAGAUGCCUGGAGAAAGCGUCAGGCUCCUGGCGGCGGAGGCCUCAAGCGCUACCCUACAAGAAAGGUGAAGCUUAUCCAGGGCUCGGUCCUCAGUAUCGAUUACCCAGUCCCGAGUGCCAUCAAGAACUCGAUAGAGAAGAAAUACACAGCCGAUGUCGAAGCUGGAAACGAAGAAUUCACCCACAUGAGAUACACCGCGGCUACCUGCGACCCUAACGACUUCACAAUGAGGAACGGUUACAAUUUGAGGCCUGCGAUGUACAAUAGGCACACUGAGCUCUUGAUUGCGAUUACAUACUAUAACGAAGAUAAGGCGCUGCUUUCGCGCACGCUGCACGGUGUCAUGCAGAACAUCAACGACAUUGUCCGUCUCAAGAAGACUGAGUUCUGGAACAAGGGAGGACAGGCAUGGCAAAAGAUUGUCGUUUGCUUGGUCUUUGAUGGUUUUGAUGCUUGCGACAAGGAGGUUCUUGACGUUCUGGCCACUGUCGGUGUCUUCCAAGAAGGUGUCAUGAAGAAGGACAUCGACGGAAAAGAGACAGUCGCUCAUAUCUUCGAGUACACAACGCAAAUCUCGGUGACUGCCAACCAGCAGCUUGUGCGUCCUCAAGAGGGUGCGGCAAACAACCUGCCACCCGUGCAGAUGAUGUUCUGCUUGAAGCAGAAGAACAGCAAGAAGAUUAACUCCCAUCGUUGGUUGUUCAAUGCUUUCGGACGUAUUCUGAACCCAGAAGUCUGCAUUCUGCUGGAUGCGGGUACUAAGCCUGGCCCCAAAUCGCUCUUGUCGCUGUGGGAAGGUUUCUUCAACGACAAAGAUCUCGGAGGAGCUUGUGGUGAAAUCCAUGCCAUGUUGGGCAAGGGCGGGCGCAACCUGAUCAAUCCUCUGGUUGCAGCUCAGAACUUCGAGUACAAGAUCAGUAACAUUCUCGACAAGCCGCUUGAGAGCUCUUUCGGAUAUGUCAGUGUGUUGCCGGGUGCUUUCUCAGCAUACCGUUAUCGUGCUAUUAUUGGCCGCCCGCUCGAGCAGUACUUCCACGGUGAUCAUACGCUUUCUGCGAUUCUUGGAAAGAAGGGUAUCGAGGGCAUGAACAUUUUCAAGAAGAACAUGUUCUUGGCCGAGGAUCGUAUUCUUUGCUUCGAGUUGGUCGCCAAGGCUGGUUCGAAGUGGCAUUUAACCUACAUCAAGGCGGCAAAGGGAGAAACGGAUGUUCCUGAGGGCGCCCCUGAAUUCAUUGGCCAGCGUCGUAGAUGGCUCAACGGUUCAUUUGCAGCCAGUGUUUACUCUGUCAUGCAUUUCGGUAGAAUGUACAAGAGUGGACACAACUUGGUCCGCAUGUUCUUCUUCCAUAUCCAGCUUGUUUACAACGUCUUCACGGUUAUUCUCACUUGGUUUUCGCUCGCCUCUUACUGGCUUACAACGACUGUUAUCAUGGAUCUUGUUGGUCUUCCAGAGCCAGCUUCUAACACCGGAGCAGAGCACCACGGAUGGCCUUUCGGAGACACAGCGACCCCGAUCAUCAAUACGAUUCUAAAGUACCUAUAUCUCGGAUGUCUGGUCAUGCAAUUCGUCCUGGCCCUCGGAAAUAGGCCAAAGGGAUCUCGUUACACAUACAUCACAUCGUUCAUGAUCUUCUCGUUCAUCCAGCUGUAUGUCAUUACGCUGUCUAUGUUCCUGGUUGUACGCGCGUUUGUUGGAUCAAACGUGGACAAAACAGCGAUCUUCACCACGAAUAUCUUCUCGUCUAACAGCUCUGGUAUCAUUCUCAUCGCGCUUGCGGCCACUUUCGGUCUAUACUUCGUCGCCUCGUUCCUUUACCUGGACCCAUGGCACAUGUUCCACUCCUUCCCUCAAUACCUGCUUGUCGCAUCCUCGUACAUCAACAUCCUCAACGUCUACUCCUACAGCAACUGGCACGAUGUGUCUUGGGGAACCAAGGGAUCCGAUAAGGUCGAUGCUUUGCCAUCUGCACAGACAACCAAGGUCGAAGGCAAGGCGGCUGUCAUUGAAGAAAUCGACAAGCCGCAAGAGGAUAUUGAUAGUCAGUUUGAGGCAACUGUCAAGCGCGCUCUCAAGGAAUACAAGGCGCCUAAGGAGGAUGAGUCCAAGUCUUUGGAGGAUUCCUACAAGUCUUUCAGAACGACCCUGGUGGCUUUCUGGAUUUUCUCCAACGCCAUUCUUGCCGUGGUCAUUACUAGCGACAACUUCGAUUCGUUCGGAUUCGGGAACAAAGCAUCUGCUCGCACAGCCAAGUUCUUCCAGGCCCUGCUCAUCGCAACAGCCUGUCUGUCUCUCGUUCGCUUUAUUGGAUGCCUGUGGUUCCUGGGCAAGUCCGGAAUCAUGCGCUGCUUCAGGAGACGUUGAAAAGGGCGUAUUACGCCCGCGAGUAUGUCUCGUCAACAUAUAAUGACCGGCGUUUUUGUGUUUGGGUAUGUUGCUACAUGUAUAAAAACGAUAUCGUUUUCUUUUUGUGAGACAUUAGAAUAAUGCAAUACAAUACUUUUUGAGAUCUGUACAAAGUUCGGCAUGGUUGUUUCCCCUUGCUUCCCUCACAUUGACCACUUGCGCAUGUGCAAUUUCGACC